UGCAUCAUCUUCAGCCGGUGGCCGCUGUGAAAGGCUGGGCGCGGCGCGAUCCACUCAGCUGGGGGCUCCAGACUGCACUCUCGCGUCUCUCCUGGUCUUCUUUGCACCUGCUUCAGCGCCCGGGCCGAGAGACCCCCUCGGGCCGGCUCUGAGAACUCGGGGGACACAGCUAGCGGACCUUGCCAGCUCCGCCUGAUCCAUUCAUUGAGACCAAGUCCCCCGCCUUCUCCAGCUCGAAGCUGCGGGCCGCGCCAUGGAGAAGAGCAGCGAGACCAACGGCUGCCUAGACAGCGCCCAGGCGGGGCUUGCAGAGGGGCCCGAUGGGCCCGGGGCCACGGCCCGUCGCGCGCGGCGCUGCGCCGGCUUUCUCCGGCGCCACGCGCUGGUGCUGCUCACGGUGUCCGGGGUGGCGGCUGGUGCCGGCCUGGGCGCGGCGCUGCGUGGGCUCAGGCUGAAUCGCACACAGGUCACCUACCUGGCCUUUCCCGGCGAGAUGCUGCUCCGCAUGCUGCGCAUGAUCAUCUUACCGCUGGUGGUCUGCAGCCUGGUGUCGGGUGCCGCCUCCCUCGACGCCAGCUCUCUCGGGCGCCUGGGUGGCAUCGCCAUCGCCUACUUCGGCCUCACCACGCUGGGCGCCUCGGCCCUUGCGGUCGCUUUGGCAUUCAUCAUCAAGCCUGGAUCUGGCGCGCAGACCCUUCAGUCCAGCGACCUGGGUCUGGAGGAGUCGGGGCCCCCACCGGUCCCCAAAGAGACAGUGGACUCUUUCCUCGACUUGGCCAGAAACCUCUUUCCAUCAAAUCUCGUGGUUGCAGCUUUCCGUACGUAUGCAACCAGCUAUGAAGAGGUGACCCACAACACGAGCAAUGGGAACAUCACCCGUGAAAAGAUCCCCAUUGGCACCGAGAUUGAAGGGAUGAACAUUUUAGGUUUGGUCCUUUUUGCCUUGGUGUUGGGAGUAGCCCUGAAGAAACUCGGCUCUGAAGGAGAGGAGCUCAUUCGUUUUUUCAAUGCCUUCAAUGAGGCAACGAUGGUGCUGGUGUCAUGGAUUAUGUGGUACGUACCUGUUGGCAUCACGUUCCUGGUGGGAAGCAAGAUUGUGGAAAUGAAGGACCUCAUCGUGCUGGUGACCAGCCUGGGGAAAUAUAUCUUCACAUCCAUAUUGGGCCACCUUAUUCAUGGAGGAAUUGUUCUGCCCCUGAUUUAUUUUGUUUUCACACGGAAAAACCCAUUCAGGUUCCUCCUGGGCCUCGUCACGCCAUUUGCAACAGCAUUUGCCACCUGCUCCAGCUCAGCAACCCUUCCCUCGAUGAUGAAGUGCAUUGAAGAUAACAAUGGUGUAGACAAGAGGAUCAGCAGGUUCAUUCUUCCCAUCGGGGCCACCGUGAACAUGGACGGAGCUGCCAUCUUCCAGUGUGUGGCCGCCGUGUUCAUUGCCCAGCUCAACAAUGUGGAGCUGAAAGCAGGACAGAUUUUCACCAUCCUAGUGACAGCCACGGCGUCCAGUGUUGGAGCAGCAGGUGUGCCAGCUGGAGGGGUCCUCACCAUCGCCAUUAUCCUGGAGGCCAUCGGGCUGCCCACUCAAGACCUCUCUUUGAUCCUGGCUGUGGACUGGAUUGUGGACCGCACCACCACUGUGGUGAAUGUGGAGGGCGAUGCUCUGGGUGCCGGCAUCCUCCACCACCUGAACCAGAAGGCCAUGAAAAGGGGAGAGCAGGAGCUGAGCGAGGUCAAAGUGGAGGCCGUCCCCAACUGCAAAUCAGAGGAGGAAACAUCACCCCUGGUGACACACACAAACCCUGCCGGCCCAGCGGCCAGCACGCCUGAAUCCAAGGAGUCGGUUCUGUGAUGGGGCUGAGCUUCCAGCUCGCCUGCCAGGGGUGCCGUCCCCAUCAGUCUGGCCGCAGGGUCCCCCCAGCAUCACCCUCGCCGACUUUUAGUCUCCCGAGCAACGCUUUGGCCCAGUUACCAGUUUGAGGAUUACUUCUCGGCACAGGCAUCGGGCUUCCCAGUGGGAAGUGGUUCCGAGGACCACAACACUCUGACACUUGGCUUGACCAUGUCAAGGUGCAACUAUGUGCACCCAGGCUCUGUUUGGAAUCAUGCCCUCCAGCUUCCAGGCCCUGGGAGUAACACGCUCGUGGGGACCUGAUGGUCAAAGCUUGGAAAAUGCACCUGUUACUUCAUUGCUCCUAUGAAAGCUUGGCAUUGGAUGCUUUCUGGGUAGACCUGGGUGGGUGGCAGUCAUCUGUCGCAUUGCCUUGUGAGCCAUAGUAAUUGGAAAAAUUCCCAAAUUCUUAGCCUAAGCUGGAAUGUGCUGAGCCUAGGACUCGAGGUGUUGGGAGUCUGUGCCACAACAGGGUACAGCUGGCUUAUGGGUCACUGGGCUGGGGGCAACUGCACGUUGUCAAGUUAGAAAUACUCCAUGGUGUUAGCACGGCUGUGGUCUCUGGUCAGCAGUGUUAAGUAAGCAGUUACAUUCUGAGGUCAAAGAAAGGAGGGGGAGGAGAGCCCUGUGCAGGGGAAGGAAAGCAGCCUAAUCAGGACAGGACACACACACACACACACACACACACACACACACACACACACGGCCCAUUCUGGCUCCAGCCCAGGGGGUUUUUCUGCUUUCAUGACCUGGGCCUCUGCCAACAUCAUGGCUUUAUCCUGGACCACUCCGAUUUGGCAACAGGCCAGAGAGGGGAGGUAUGAGGUGGUCAUUACAUUCGAAACCCAUGUUGGUCUAGCAAUUUAUUUUACAACUAGACCUUCCCUAAAAUGCUGCAUUGCAGAAGAAACUAAACAAAAAAACGUUUUAAAUUGCAAACCCACCUCCUCACUGGGGUGGGGUAGCCCCCUCCCCAGAUCCCCUGGCUUUGGUGAUUUCCAUCGACUGGGCUUCCUUUCCUUCUACUACAUCAAAAGUUUAAAACUGUAAGCCAGAUGGUCCACCUGACACUUGCUGACCCCUCUAGGUGAAGGGGCUUUAUAGAGAGGACUGGUAUUGCCAGUGCAGGGAAAGACCUCAAAGGCACAAGACUGCCGUCUCACUAAGACCGUUGGCAUGUGCCAUGGGGUGACCCGCAGCAAGUCCUAGGGCCUCACUUUACCCCAUUAGUAAAGUGGGGCUGACGUCACCUGCCCCUUACCUACCUCAGAGGGAUCGGGUGAGGUGAACUGAGUGAAUCUAUGGAAACGACCAUUUCACAUUUCACUUCUUGGAGGUCAAGUGCUAACACCCCUGUAAUCCUCCUCACUGUUACCUAAGUGAUACCUAAGUUCCCCAAGGAGCUCCUUCUCCCAGGGAGGACAGCUUUUAUGAGCAGAGCUUUGUUCUGUGUGCAGGAGCAGCUUCGAUCACGUCACUCAUUCUCUGCUACUUUCUUGUUAGCAUCAGAUGCAGCGUCUUCCGGAUGUCCUUCAACUUUUUGUGAUUCACUACUCCCUCCCACCCCACUUCCGGGUACCUGGCCUCCCCAUGACUCCCAGACCCAGGGCACCAUUUCUGCCACCGAACACUGGCCAUCAAAUAGCUCCCAGGCUUUAAGCCUUGUUCAUUUCCUUGUUUUUCCUGUCACUGUCACCUAGGCACUGCAGAAGGGGAGCACACUGUCAGGAUGCAUCUCCAUCACAACUAGAAUGGGUGGGAGGGACAGAGACAACCAAGCUCCCCAGUAUUAAAAUUGAAGGGGGCGCGUGCCUGAGUGGAAGAGGUGGGGGAGAACCAAGAGGCGCAGAGCAGACCCGGCCAGUGGGCAGCCCCCGCUCCCUCCAGCCCUCUUCAAACCAGCUAAGCCACUCCCGUCUCCUAUGAUGUAGGAGUGACUAGGAACUGGGCUGAGAGGUGCCUGGAAACCUUGACCCUCUGGCUCAUUGCCAAUGCCUUCUGUUUUCAAAGGGGAAACAAUCCCAUGGUUGGAAUGCAAACUACAGUUGAGCAUUCACUGUUUUUCAGGCUUCAGUCAAUCUUAUCUUUCCUUCUGCAUAUAUACAGUUAUAUAUAUACAUACAUAUGUGUAGCCUAUAUAGGGGGGUUAUCUGUGUGUGUGGCGUCUAUGUGUGUGUGUGUGUGUGUGUGUGUGUGAGUGUUUUAGCUCCAGUCCAAGCAAGUUUGAUUUGGGACAGAGGUGAACUAACUGCCAGUGGUGUAUGGCUUAGGCAUCGGGAUAUUCCUGUUUCUAAAGGUGAAUUUCACAAAACGUGGACAUUAGAGCCGGACCAUCGGACCCCGGGACUGCGCAUCCUCUGCACUGGGCCUGGAGCACCCUGGUCUGGGGAAGGUGCUUCCGUUUAAAAUCCCGACCAUGGCAGCUCCCCUCUCCUGGUGGCUCCCUGUCUACAAGAGGGACGAGACCACACGUGACCUGGCUGGGGAAAAUGCUACUUUGUCAUUGUCUGAUGAUGUCUCGUCUGCUCUUCUAACGUAAAUACUGUGCAUCUCUGACCGUUUUGUAUGCGUGACACUUGCCUUAAAACAUAGCAGUCUUCCAAAAUGAAUAUAGCAUUUCUACUAGAA